CCCGCCUGCUACAAGGAUGGACAGCGAAGUGCAGAGGGACGGCAGAAUCCUGGAUUUGAUCGAUGAUGCAUGGAGGGAAGACAAAUUGCCGUACGAGGAUGUGGCCAUCCCUCUGAAUGAGCUUCCUGAACCAGAGCAAGACAACGGUGGCACAACUGAGUCUGUGAAAGAGCAAGAAAUGAAGUGGACAGAUUUGGCCCUCCAGUAUCUCCACGAGAAUGUUCCACCCACAGGAAACUAGUGCAUCAGUGGGGUCUCACACAACAGAUGCAUAAAUGCAAUAUAAGAAAUAUUUUUCAGCUGACCAUUGCUGCCAUAAGCUUCUCUAAGGAGGAAACAACAUUUCUGCAAAAGGGUCAAGCAAAGGUUCUACUCACACUG